AUGUUUCCAGGAGUCUGGUUGUGCUGGGCCUCACUCCUGCUCCUGACCAGGCCCAUCCAGCCUUGCCCUGUGGGCUGUGACUGCUUUGACAGAGAGGUAUUCUGCUCAGAUGAGCAGCUGGCCACCAUUCCACCAGACAUCCCCCCACACGUCACAAACAUCGUCUUCGUGGAGACUGCCUUCACCACAGUGGGGACCAGGGCUUUCCACGGUAGCCGCAACCUGACCAAGGUGGUCUUCCUCAACACUCAGGUCCGUCACCUGGAGCCCGGUGCCUUUGGGGGACUGCCCAGCCUGGUGGACCUGGAGGUGACAGGCAGCCCCUUCUCCAGUCUCAGUGCCAACGUCUUUUCUAACCUGAGCUCAUUGGGGAAGCUCACCUUGGACUUCGAUAGGCUGGUGGCUCUGCCUGAAGACCUCUUUCACCACAUGGACAACCUGGAGUCCCUUCAGCUUCAGGGAAACCAGCUUCAGACCCUGCCUGGGAGACUGUUCCAGCCUCUGCGAUACCUGAGAACCCUCAACCUGGAGCAGAACCUUCUGAGCAAGCUCCCUAAGGGGCUGUUCCAGUCACUCAGCAGCCUGCAGAUACUAAAGCUGAGUAACAACAUGCUUUUCAGCCUCCCCGAGGGCUUGCUGGACAAUCUGGGCAGCCUGCAGGAGCUCUUUCUGGACAGCAACGGCAUCACGGAGCUGUCGCCACAGGCUUUCUCCCAGCUCCUCAGCCUGGAGAAUCUGUGGCUGCAGCACAAUGCUAUCCGACAGCUGCCGGCCUCUGUCUUUGCCUCCCUCCGCAACCUGACCUAUCUCAACCUGCAGGGCAACGCGCUGCGGGCUCUGCCUGCCACCCUCUUCACCCACAACCCAGGGCUGCUUCACCUGUCUCUGUCCUACAACCAGCUGGAGGCCAUCGCUGAAGGUACCUUUGCCAACCUGUCCUGCCUUGUUUCCCUCACGCUUGCGCACAACGCCAUCACACAUCUUCCCGAGGAUGUCUUCAGGGACCUCGAGCAGUUGGUCAGGCUCUCUUUGAAUGACAACAACUUGACGGCCUUGCACCCGGCCCUCUUUCAGAACCUGUCCAGGCUUGAGCAGCUCAACUUGUCGAAGAACCAGCUGGCCAUGCUCCCCGGGGGCAUCUUUGACACCAACUACGACCUCUUCAACCUGGCCUUGUCCGGCAACCCCUGGCAGUGUGACUGCCACUUGGCCUACCUCACGAGCUGGCUCCGCCUCUACAAUGACCGGAUCCUCAACACCCGUACCUACUGCGCAGGCCCGGCCUACCUUAAGGGCCAGCUGGUGCCCAGCUUGAAGAAGGAGCAGCUGGUGUGUCCUGUCACCCUGGGCCACUUGGGCUUCCUGGCCCUGGGGCUGGAUGAUAGGGAGCCAGUGGGCAGUUGGGAUGCGGCAGUGAAGGGGAGGGCAGCACGCAGCCAGUGCAUUUAUAGCAACCCUGAGGGCACCGUGGUCCUCUCCUGUGAGGAGGCCCAGUGUCGCUGGCUGAGCAUCCAGCUGUCUUCCAGACAAGGCUCGGACACCCCAGCAAUGGCUUACAACUCCAGUCAGGAGUGGGAGUUAAAAUCAAGCUGUGGCUCCAUGAGGGUCGUUGUGUCUAUUGAGGCUCAAGCUGCUGGGCCCUAA